AGUGACGGAUGCUCAAAAGUUCAGAAGUUUUCCCAAUGCUUCCUUAAGCGGCCGGCGCGCGAGAGACUGAAAAAAAGGUGACGCGGGGCCCAAGAAGGCGGCCGGCGCGCUGCCCCCCGCCCCUGGUUAUUUGGCCGCCUUCGCCGGCGACUCAGGGCAGAGUCUCCUGGAAGGCACAGGCAGUGUAGCGAGAAGGGCGCCUUCUUGUUUUUUAGUUUUGGCUCUGUUUUGCCGUCCUCGCCUGGAAGUUGCUCCGCGGGUUCCUCUAAGGACGUUUGCCGCGUUCUCGUCCGGCCCUCUCCCCUAGCACCAACCCCGAAGUGGCCCGGGGCGCCCCAGGAGCACGAGAGAGCCCAGGGAGAGGCCGUGCGCGGCCGGCGGCUCCCGGAGGCGGCGGCGGCGGCCGAGCCGGACUCAGCGCGGCGGCCCGGCACCAGCUCUGUGGGGCCCGGACUCGGACUGGGCAGCCGGCUUGGCGUGGCCGGCCUAGGGAGGGUGGGGGGCGGCGGGAGGCGCGGGGCGGCGGCGGCGAGCGGGGGCCAUGCAGGCGCGCUACUCCGUGUCCAGCCCCAACUCCCUGGGAGUGGUGCCCUACCUCGGCGGAGAGCAGAGCUACUACCGCGCUGCGGCCGCGGCGGCCGGGGGCGGCUACACCGCCAUGCCGGCCCCCAUGAGCGUGUACUCGCACCCGGCGCACGCCGAGCAGUACCCGGGCGGCAUGGCCCGCGCCUACGGGCCCUACACGCCGCAGCCGCAGCCCAAGGACAUGGUGAAGCCUCCCUACAGCUACAUCGCGCUCAUCACCAUGGCCAUCCAGAACGCCCCCGACAAGAAGAUAACUCUCAAUGGCAUCUAUCAGUUCAUCAUGGACCGCUUCCCUUUCUAUCGGGACAAUAAACAAGGCUGGCAGAACAGCAUCCGCCACAACCUCUCGCUGAACGAGUGCUUCGUCAAGGUGCCCCGAGACGACAAAAAACCGGGCAAGGGCAGCUACUGGACGCUGGACCCGGACUCGUACAACAUGUUCGAGAAUGGCAGCUUCCUGCGGCGGCGGCGGCGCUUCAAGAAGAAGGACGCAGUGAAGGACAAGGAGGAGAAAGACCGGCUGCACCUCAAGGAGCCGCCGCCGCCGCAGCCCGGCCGCCAGCCCCCGCCCGCGCCGCCGGAGCAGGCCGACGGCGCCGCGCCCGGACCGCAGCCGCCGCCCGUGCGCAUUCAGGACAUCAAAACCGAGAACGGUACGUGCCCCUCGCCGCCCCAGCCCUUGUCCCCGGCUGCCGCCCUGGGCAGCGGCAGCGCCGCCGCGGUGCCCAAAAUCGAAAGCCCCGACAGCAGUAGCAGCAGCCUGUCGAGUGGGAGCAGUCCCCCGGGCAGCCUGCCUUCGGCGCGGCCGCUGAGCCUGGACGGCGCGGAGUCCGCGCAGCCGCCGCCACCCACCCAGCCAGCGCCGCCGCCGCCGCACCACAGCCAGGGCUUCAGCGUGGACAACAUCAUGACGUCGCUGCGGGGGUCGCCGCAGGGCGCGGCCACGGAGCUCAGCUCUGGCCUCCUGGCCUCGGCGGCCGGGUCCUCGCGCUCGGGCAUCGCACCCCCGCUGGCGCUCGGCGCCUACUCGCCUGGCCAGAGCUCCCUCUACAGCUCCCCCUGCAGCCAGAGCUCCAGCGCCGGCAGCUCGGGAGGGGGCAGCGGCGGAGGGGGCGGCGGCGGUGGCGGCGCGGCGGGCGCCGGGACCUACCACUGCAACCUGCAGGCCAUGAGCCUGUACGCGGCCGGAGAGCGCGGCGGCCACUUGCAGGGCGCACCGGGGAGCACCGGCGGCUCCGCGGUGGACGACCCCCUCCCCGACUACUCUCUGCCCCCAGUCACCAGCAGCAGCUCCUCGUCCCUGAGUCACGGCGGCGGCGGCCAGGAAACCGGCCACCACCCUGCGGCCCACCAAGGCCGCCUCACCUCGUGGUACCUGAACCAGGCGGGCGGAGACCUGGGCCACUUGGCGAGUGCGGCGGCGGCGGCAGCCGCCGCGGGCUACCCGGGCCAGCAGCAGAAUUUCCACUCUGUGCGAGAGAUGUUCGAGUCACAGAGGAUCGGCUUGAACAACUCUCCAGUGAACGGGAAUAGUAGCUGUCAGAUGGCCUUCCCUUCCAGCCAGUCUCUGUACCGCACGUCCGGGGCUUUCGUCUACGACUGUAGUAAGUUUUGACACUCCCUGUCCCCCCUUCAAAAUCGAAAUGAAUCGAACCCCAAAGCAGGAACAGCCAAAAGAACCAUCAAUGCAAAAUCGAAACCAAAAAAAAAAAAAAAAAAAAAAGAAAGAAAGAAAAAAGAAAAAAAAAAAAGAAAAGAAAAAAAGAAAGAAAAAGAAAAAAAGAAAAAAAUUCCAAUUUAAAAACAAACUUGAAAAACAUUCACCAAACGAGUGAACAGAAUCCCUCCAAAACUUCAACUCAACCAGCACAAAGAAAACUAUUUUCUUAAAAGAUUCAGAGCCACCUUCACUUUGCCUUUUCUAAAUAAACAAAACGGUAAACUAUUUUGUACAGAGACAGCAAAAUCAUGGUUUAUUAAAGGACAGUGUUACUCCAGAUAACACGUAAGUUUCCUCUUGCUUUUCAGAGAUCACGCUUUCCUCCUUUCUCUUCCAUUCCCCUGCCCUUCUCUUUCCUUCACCUCUCACGUGUAAGAUAUUAUUUUAUCCUAUGUUGAAAGGAGGGGGAAAGUCCCCAUAUAUGAAAAUCGCUUUCUUUUUAUUCAUGGACUUGUUUUAAAAUGUAAAUUGCAAUAUAGUAAUUUAUUUUUAAUUUGUAGUUGGAUGUCGUGGACCAAACGCCAGAAAGUAUUUCCAAAACCUGACGUUAAAUUGCCUGAAACUUUAAAUUGUGCUUUUUUUUUUCAUUAUAAAAAGGGAAACUGUAUUAAUCUUAUUCUAUCAUCUUUUUUUUCUUUUUGUUGAACAUAUUCAUUGUUUGUUUAUUAAUAAAUUACCAUUCAGUUUGAAUGAGAUCUAUAUGUCUGGAUACUUUAAUACAGCCUUAAUUAUUAUAAGAAAAAAGAUUUCAGAUUAAAACACUAGAAAUUACCUAUUCUCCUCCUAAAUAUCUUCAAAAUGGAGAAGCCCUGUGACUAUUCUUGUCAAAUUUCACAUAAAAGUCUCUUUUUGUUUAGAUUUUUUUCUUCUUGCAGCAUCUUCUGCAAAAUGUACUAUAUAGUCAGCUUGCUUUGUGGUUAGUCAAAAGAUACUUUCCUAAACAGAUCUGAGUUGGCAUAUAUGAAAAUAUAUUUUUUCAGUAAGGACAGAACAUGAUCUGGAAAUUUUAAGCCCAUGAAUCAGCAGCGUUAUUACCACAGUGAUACCUGUGUGUAGAGAUAUAUACAGAUGACUAUUUGGCUUGUGCAUCAUAUAAAAAAUCAUGAUGUGUGUUAUACAUCCCUGUGAGCCAAAUGCUAGAUAGAUAUUUCUCCUAUUAAUUUCGACUCCUUUGUAAGAAGAAAAAUAAACCCGUUUAUAAAUGUAUAUAACUCAUCCACAUUUACAAUCCUUCAUGCGUUACAAAGAAGGGUUGAUUUAAAAAUAUAUAUGUACUGUGGGUUGGAAAGGGAUAUUUAAUCUUUGGGAAACUAUUUUAGAAGAUGUGUUUGUAGAACAAUUAUUUUUUGAAAAAGAUUUAAAGCAGUAAGAAGGAAGGAGAGAAGAGCAGAACAUUUUAGUCUAGGGUGGUUUCUUUUCAAUCCAUUUUUUCUUGUCAAUUUACAGUUAAACCUAGAGGGCAAUCCAGAUUGGCCCUCCCCCUUUGUAAAUAACCCAGGAAAUGUAAUAAAUUCAUUAUCUUAGGGUGAUCUGCCCUGUCAAUCAGACUUUGGAGAGAUGGCGAUUUGAUUACAGACAUUCAGGGCCUUUCAGUUUGUUUUCGAGAUAAUACAGUUUCCUGCUAUCUGCCGCUCCUAUCUAGAGGCAACACUUAGCAGUAAUUGCUAUUGCUUGUUGUCAAAAUUUGAUCAUUGUUAAAGGAUUGCUGCAAAUAAAUACACUCUAAUUUCAGUCAAAAA